GCUGGCGCAGCAGUGUUGAGUCAACGCUGCAUCUGGGAGGCUGAGGCAGCAGCAUCUCUGGUGUGAUGUGGCGAGACGGAGAGGGGAUGACAUAGCGACAGCAUCCGCUAACCAUACAGAGCGCAGUUUCCUCUUUAAGUCGGGUUUAACGCGUUUCCGUUAGAUAACGCUGAGUGUUUGCGCCGCCUGGUUCCCGCAUCAGUUGCCAUCGGGCCAACCUCACGGAGAUUUUUGAUCAAAGUUGCUGCUAGCUCGCGUUAGCUCGCCGCUACCCUUCAAACAUUCAAGCGGCCACAUAAAACAUGCGGAGCAUCGAGGCCGAGACCCCUGGGAUAUCUUUAAACGCUUCCCGCAGGACACGACCUUCGGCUGGACGCUGACUGGACUCUGCAGAGCCGCUGUAGAGGACAGAGAGCGACAGAUCUCAAGGACCAGAUUGUCUGCCGAACUUCUUGCCUCCUAAGACAGAUCGCCAGGGACCAUGCUGACCAUCUUGGCUGCUGGCUCUGUGUUUUUUCCAGGCCUUUUCCUUCUGUCCAAACAAUGCCUGAAGUCCAUCCCAGCACUGAGAUGGAGCGAAGGAGACGCGGUCAUCGUAUCGGCCAGGUUGGUAUCAUCAGUUCAGGCAGUCAUGGCUUCUUCAGCUGGCUACAUCAUUGCAUCUUCCUGUAAGGACAUAAUUGAGGACCAGCACUGGCUCACAAGCACCUACAUCAUGUUUGCUGUCCCCUACUUCGUCUACGACAUCUACGCCAUGUUCAUGUGCUACUGGUACAAGCUGCGGGUGAAAGGUCAUGAGGAGGCCUUGGCGGCCCCCCAACACAUGCGCUCAGCAGUGAGGAGUUACCUGCGUCGCGAGUUCCUCAUGGUGCUGCACCACGUUGUCAUGGUCACCGUCUGCUUCCCCGUGUCUGUGUUUUGGCGACAAGGAAAGGGCGACUAUUUCCAGGGCAUAAUGUUCAUGGCUGAGGUCAGCACUCCAUCCGUCUGCUUAGGAAAAAUACUCAUCCAGUACAAACAGCAACACACUCUGCUGCACAAAGUGAAUGGGGCUCUUAUGCUGGUCACUUUUUUCAUCUUUCGAGUCCUACUCUUCCCUUACCUCUACUACGUCUAUGGAAGGUAUGCGUCAAUCCCCUUCCACAUGGUUCCCCUGACGGUACCCUGGCACUGUAAUGUCGGCGCCGCCCUGCUCAUGGCGCCCCAGCUCUACUGGUUCUCCCUAAUCUGCCGAGGCGCUCUGCGAUUAUUCACUGGAGCGUCGCGCUCCCAGCGGCCGCGCGCGCCUUCCGCCGACGCCAAGGAUUACCCGGCGGACAGCAACGCGCUGCCUCAGCCCGCUAACGGCUACAGCGCGCGCUCGACAGAGCCAGAGCUGACCACCCACUGAGAGGAGGAGCGGCGGUGGCGGCGUGGGGGGGAGGAAGGCGAAUGUACCAAUGAGUAUGUAAACAGGAAGGAGAGCAAAAAGUUAAACUUCUAAAAUCACGCUGAAGUGUUUCAGAGCCAGCAAACGGCUAAAACGAAGUGGUGGCUGACCUUCAAGUACUUCAGCUUGGUAGUUUGUAGGAACCAAAUGGAGCUUUAGGGCACCUUAGUAUUUAAGAUGUCAUCAAGCACUGUGACGGAUAGGAACAUGCACUGACCCGGGAGGAACCUGCCUGGAUAUUUAGCAAGUGUAGGUGGCCAUUUCCCCUCAUGUAGAUCAAAUACAGUCCUCGCUGCCUCGUAUUAUAGGAAGAGCAGGAAAAUAGGAAUGUAUUAUAUUGUAUGUUAGUAUGUUUGCUGUAGAUGAAAGGCCCGAUUCAGUUUAGUAACGAAGAAGACCUUCAAAAAAAUAACAAAAAAGGAAAAAAAAAAACCAGCUAAGCAGUAUUUUGACUUGUUAGUGUUUAUCUGUAUCCUCUAUGUAGUCACUGUCACUCUAACAAAAUGUAACCAACCUGCAGACUGACUCAUCUUUAAAGGGAGAUACGUCAUUAUACUGUAUUCUGCUGCCUUACCUCCCCACACUCUUCCAGGUUAAUUUGCAAUUUUAGUUUAGUCUUUGAGAUGGAAAAAAGGCUUCCGUCAGACACCAAAACGUGACGGUUGUACAUAGCAGAUGUAAAACGGUCUUUUCCAUGUCAGUAUUAUGUGAAGGAGGAAAAUAUUACAUUUUAUUUAUUUAUUUUUAUUUGGCUGCACGUUAGCGCUGCUGUAGUGAGAAAAAAUGGAAUGGGAACUCUGCUCAGAUAAAGUUUAAAACUAAUUCAUCAAUAAAGUCGUAAUAGCUAGGAAAUAUUCAUCUUUAAUAUUCAAACAAAAUGUUAAAAAACAAAAAUCCUUAUCCCCAAAAUAAAAAAAAAUAAUAAACAUAUCAUUUUAAAUCCAAAAUCAAAUCAGGCAUUUUAAAGAAAAUUAUUUAUUUUAAAAAAGAAAUGUCUACAUUUUCAACCAAAUCAAAGAAAAUUUAUCACUUAACAAGGAAAUACAAACUUUUACUGUAAUUUCUAAAUUUGAUAAAGUCCCCACUUUGAAAAUUCUGAAGAAAGAUUAUGACUUAAAGACUUUUAAAGAAAACCAUUGACCAAUUUAAAAUAUGGAAGGUUUUUGCAUCUAUUAAAAAUAAUUUUCUUUUUCUUGGAAAAUUUCACAAAAUCCUUAGGAAAGAAGUAGAACUCUGGAAUUUAAAGUUUUUUUUUAAACGCACUGAAAAUUAAAUUAAGUUAAUAUUAGCAAAAAAACAAACAAACAACCUAAAACAUCUUAACCUUAAAAUAUAAAAGUUUACAAUUAAAACAAAGUUUUUUUUGUGUAUUUAAAAAAUAUGGGAAGUUUUGGAUAAAAAUUGUUGGGAGUUUUACAACCAUGAAAUUUAUUUGCAAAGAAAAGGGAAUAAAUCUAUUUCAUUGUUGCACCGGCGUCCAUUUUCAGUCCUUACAUAUUUUUACAACGGUCUAUUACGACUGUUGUAGAUGAAAAAACAACAGUAGGCAAAUUUCUGCCAGAAACAAUUAAAAUUUUGAGAUUAAUUUCCUUUUCUUAAUUUUCUAGAGAAAUGAAGGAAAUUUCUGACCCGCCAAAGUUAAUAAUUUGCUAGAACAAACAAAAAAGUUAAUUUUUGUUUACUUUUAAAACUCAAAACAUGUCCAAAAUGUGAAAAUUUCUGACUAAUUCAUCUCAAAAUUUUGUAUUUUUUUGUCAGCAAUGUACUCCUUUUUUCUGUCUACAAUGGCCAUAAUGCUAAAACAUAAUGCAUCCAAUAUACUUUAGAUGUACCCUGAUCUAAAUGGUUUGAAGCUGCAGGGUAGUGUGCCUCCAAACCACCAGGGGGCCCCAAAGAGUGCUUGAAUAUAGAUGUCAAAACUUUAGAUUUGCAGUGUUGUUGACCAAGAAUGAAUAUAUUGUUAAUGACAUCUUUAAAAUAGUUACAAAUAUCACCACUACUAAUUUACUGUUAUUAAUUAUUUAAAUGUCAAAAAGCGAUGAAGGAUAAAUAUUAGAGCCAAACAUGAAAACAUUAAUUUAAUUGUUGAAGCUCGGGAUGUGAAAUUAGUGCUGGCUGGUGGGUGAUGAGCUCGGCUGGAACGGGGCCCCCAAAUCAAGUUCGGCUUUGGGCCCCGUUCAGUUUUGUUUGGUGCUUGGCAUCAAUUUAUCACUUUCAUCAGAAAAAAUUAUUUAAUUUUUAUCUGUUUUAUUCCAAAACCUGAGUAAUAGUCCUAAUUCCGUGUUUAACUAUACCAGGCCUAAUAUGUUCUCACAUAUUUUAGCACCUGAUUAUUAUUAUUAUUAUUACACAGAUGUAUUGAACAGUAAGCUUUAAGCAGUUGGUUUUACAGUUUAGUGUGUGCAAAUGUCUCAGAAAGGUUUUAGCUGUGCUUCUUGUUUCCGUGUAGUUUUAAUGUCAUUCCAUUCACCGGUGUCACAUUUAAAUCCCAUUUUGCCACAAACAGAUACACACUUCCUGCUUCUUCUUCUUCUUCUUUUUUGUCUUUAUAAGUUCGGUGCUGCUGUUGAUCUUAAAUUAUCCGUUUGCUUGGCAGGACUAUUUCACAAAGGGAUUCACGAGAUUUCAGUAUUUUUAAAUCUUAGUGAGGAGACUUUAUGUGUGAAGGGAAACAAGAAUGGAGAGUUACCUCACGGGGACUGACACGCAGCACAUCUGUCCUUAUUUUCUUCUGUUUGUUUUGGGUUUUUUGUUUGUUUUUUAAAAAUCUUUUCAGACUUUGUGGAAUGCCCCCCGAUCAUUGAGCAUCUGGUUCCAUGAACCACCUAUGAACAAACUGGCUUCUUUUAUCACUUUAUGUUGCUGUAAUGCAGCUACAGAGUCCUGGGAAUUGGUUUUAAGAAAAAAAGGGAAAAAAACAACACACAAAUCAAAGCGUGAAACGAUGGGCUGUGCCGAAGCGUUGGGACCCCUGUUGGCUUGUCGAACACUGAAUAUCCAUUCCCCCUGUUCCAUGGAUCCAUAAAGGUACUGCUUCAAUAUUGGAACAUUUCAACUGCUGUACUGUAUAUUCCAGAAAUGCUUGUUAUUUAUUUGUAAGUAAUUAUUUAUUUAUUUAUUUGGUUUGUGGAUUUGAAUGCAUAUUUAUGCAUACAUAUACUCUAUGCUUCUGAGCCUCAUGUGAAGGCUGUAUUGUUACUCAAACUUAGCUAAAAUAUACUUCUUUCUGUCCUGA